CUGCUGUCUUAUUGUACAGAUUGUUUUUCAACCACUGGCUGAUCGAUAUCAUGCAGGGCGAUGGGUGGCUGAUGGGUAGGCCCCUUUGUUGUCGGGCCGGCGGCGUGUUUGUUGAUGAGGGAGGGAGGGAGUGUAUGCGGGUGUGUGUGUGUGUCGUUUCGACACUCGUUUGUUGUCUGGCCUGCUUCGACCAUGAGCAGGAUUUCUCCAAACCAAUGCACUCACACACACAGACACACAGACACACACACAUUCGUGUGUGCGUGUUGCCGUGUGAGUGUGUCAGCCCCAUUGCUGUGCUCGUCAGUCCAUGAUGUGUGCCGUGCCUGUUGGUGUGGCCACAGUGUGUUGUCAACAAACAGACAGACACCAGGAUGGUGAGAAUGCGGCCGUUGUCUUGCCUCAAUGUGCUUGCCGCUCGGACCUGAUGCACACUCACUCACAGACACGCAACUCGCAGACAGCCGACAGACAGAGAGAGAGAGAGCGAGAGAGAAACGCCAACCGGCCAAGACACACAGACACACACACAGAGACAAGAGAGAGAGAGAGCGAGAGAGAGAUCGAGGAGGUGUGUAUAUAGCUACCUACCUAUCUAUGAGGUGCGUGUGCCUGUGGGUGUGCCUGUGGUGUGCCGACAGUGCAAGACAGAGAGAGAAUGAGUCAAUCUUUUUCACUGUGCCCUUUUAUAGUGGACAGAUUGAGAUUGGUGUCCGCCCGUCUACUUACAUAAUUCGGUGGUGAAUGAAUGAGUCAGUCAGUGAGGCGGGCAGGUGGUUGCUGUGGCGAGGUGUUUUCUGAAGGCUUGUCGCGUCGCGCUUGCAGAGACAAACGAGUCUGAGCGACCCGCUUACCAUGAGGGAUUUUACUCAUAGAUAGUCAGUCGUUCGUGAGAAUUUUUGGGUGUGUCUGCCUUGCAUGCUGUUUGCACACACAGACAGACAGACAGUCGCUGCAAGAACAAUGAAACAAAUCACCGUGAUGGAGCCGACAGAAAAAAUGGGGUAGAGCGCAAUGACGCGUGAAACCUACCAGCACUGCCUGGGCUUCCUUCCUCUCCCCACCCUGUGGUCUGCCGGAAUGCAGUUUGUCAUCGUCUCAGCGGUCGUCGGCUGCCUGAUGGCGCCCAGCCAUGCCUUCACCCUCCCCUACUCCCCCUCCCACGCCACCCGGCCCUCACUCAGGCGAACCCUCGACGCGCGGAGACCCCCCACCUCGCUGCACAUGUCCACCAAGACAGAGGCGAUCGUGGAAGGUGCGCAUCUGCCACCACCGGCACUCGUCUCACAUAGAUCCACCCCAAGGGAAAGCUGUGUGUCGUGUGUGUGUGUGUGGUCUGCGUGUGUGUGGCAGAGCUGAAGGGGCUGACGCUUUUGGAGGCCUCAGAACUGGUCAAGCAGAUCGAGGAGGCCUUUGGAGUGGACGCAUCGGCGGCGGCGGCGAUGCCUAUGGGCGCCAUGAUGAUGCCGGGUGCCGCUGGUGGGGCGGCAGAGGCGGAGGAGGUGGCCGAGCAGACCGAGUUUGACGUCAUCCUUGAGGCUGUCGAGAACAGGUCAGCCAGCCUCAGCACACAGCUCACAGGCAUGCUUGGCCUUUUGGUUUAUCUCUUCUCUCUCCAUCUGCCCGUCGAUGGUGCAGGAUUGGCGUGAUUAAGGUGUUGAGGCAGCUGAACCCCGAGUUGAAUCUCAAGCAGGCCAAGGAGUUCGUCGACGGGCUGCCCAAGGCCUUCUUCGAGGGAGUGCCAAAAGACAAGGCCGAGGAUGCUAAGAAGAAGCUCGAGGAUGCGGGAGCAAAGAUCACCGUCAAGUAGACAGACAGACAGACAGACGUAUGUGCCUGCCUGCCUGCCUUGUGUGUGGGGGGUGGCGGGGAUCUGUCGUGUGUGUAUGGGCGAAGAGGGCGGUGCUUUUGCCCUCUGUCUGG